UACAAAGAGCCAUUUUUAUGGUUCUUUUUUUAAGGAUUCAAGAGCUUUGGGUGUGAUUCUUUAAAAUUUGUUUGUUGUAUAAAUGUCCCUUUCUCUCAACUUCUAGCACUUUUUCUCCUCCUUGUUCCUAUUUAUUGGAAAAUAAUUUACAGAUAGAUCACUUAUGGGGUUUGGUAUUUAAGGAGAAAAAACAGCAAGGGGAAACUCUUUUUAGCCCAGGACUUGAUUUUCGCUCAAAAAGGUUGGGAAUGAAAUUUAAAGUUUUUGCCAUUGAUGAAUCUAGAGAUGUAUGAUUCUCACAUUUGGCUUCAGAUUGAUAGAGUUUCCCUUUUGGUUUCUGAAGCUCUCUUGGUGUCUUAAAAUUUGAUUGUUGAUUUGGGUGUUUGAGGGAAAGAAAAUAAGGGAUUUUUCAUAUAGAUUAGCAUAUGCCAGGGUCCUUAAUUUGUCCUAAAAACAAAUUAUUUCGUAGUUGAAAGAAACGAUCCAAAUGGAGUAGAACGGUUAUUGAGGAUACAUAUAGACGAUCUGACUAAUUUGGAAUUGAGACGUAGUUCUUGUUGUUGCAUUGGCUUAAGGGUGGUGAAAGGAGCGAAACGAAUACUGAGGAUUCAUAUAGCUGAUUCCAACUAAUUUGGAAUUGAGACGUUGUUGUUGUUGUACAAACUAAAGGGUGGUGAAAGGGGAAUUGUAUACGAUGGAAGCACCGGCACCUAAGCCGGUGGCGCCCCGGAAGAAGAUGACAAAACAACUAACAGGGAAAAGGGAUGACAGUUCCAUGCAUGCAGCAGCUAGAGCUGGAAAUAUUGUUGCAAUAAGAGAGAUUCUUGAAAAGACAGAGGAGGAAGAAUUGGCAGAGUUGAUAAUAAAGCAAAAUUCUGCUGGGGAAACUGCAUUAUAUGUUGCAGCAGAAUAUGGUUAUUAUCAGUUGGUUAGGGAGAUGAUCUAUUACUAUGAUCUUGUUGCUGCCGGAAUAAAAGCGAGGAACGGCUAUGAUGCUUUGCACAUUGCUGCCAAACAAGGAGAUUUAGAUGUGGUGAAGGUAUUAAUGGAAGCACAUCCAGAGCUCUCAAUGACCGUCGAUGUUUCAAAUACUACAGCUUUGCAUACAGCAGCAAACCAAGGGCAUAUAGAGGUGGUGAAUUACCUAUUGGAGGAAGAGAGCAGUUUAGCCACCAUAGCUAAAAGUAAUGGGAAAACGGCAUUGCACUCUGCUGCAAGAAAUGGACAUGUGCAGGUUUUGAAGGCGCUAUUGAGUAAGGAGCCAGGGAUUGCAACUAGGAUGGAUAAAAAGGGACAGACUGCACUUCACAUGGCUGUCAAAGGACAAAAUCUUGAGGUUGUGGAGGAGCUGAUUAGAGCUGAUCCUUCUUUGAUAAAUAUGGUUGACAACAAGGGCAAUACUGCCUUGCAUAUUGCUGCUCGGAAAGGCAGGGAUCAGAUUGUGAAGUUGCUGCUUGUGCAGAAUGAAACAGACACUACAGUCGUCAAUAGGACCAACGAGACAGCCCUCGACACUGCGGAGAAACUGGGACAGGCUGAAUUAGGAACCAUCUUGCAGGAACAUGGUGUUCAAAGUGCUAGAUCCAUCAAGCCACAGGCAACAAAUCCAGCAAGAGAGUUGAAGCAAACUGUAAGUGACAUAAAGCACGGGGUGCACUAUCAAUUGGAAACUACACGCCUAACAAGAAGACGUAUACAAGACAUCGCCAAGCGUGUGUACAAAAUGCAUGCAGAAGGCCUUAACAAUGCAAUCAAUUCUACCACAGUUGUCGCGGUGCUCAUUGCCACAGUAGCCUUUGGUGCAAUCUUUCAAAUCAAUGGUCAAUGGGUCGAUGAUCCGGAUGAUAUCCCACCUGAUCAUUCCCUUGGAGAAGCAAAUAUCGGUCCAAAUCCAGCAUUUCUGGUUUUCUUCGUCUUUGACUCCAUAUCCUUAUUCAUCGCUCUUGCUGUUGUGGUUGUCCAAACAACAAUCGUGGUAAUAGAAAGCAGAGCGAAGAAGAAGAUGAUGUCAAUUAUAAACAAGCUAAUGUGGGUGGCAUGUUUAUUUGUUUCAGUGGCUUACUUGUCUUUAUCGUACGUUGUUGUUGGCGACGAUAAUUUAUGGAUGCCUAUAUUAGUGUCCAUAAUAGGAGCAAGCAUAAUGGCUACAACUAUUGGAACGAUGUGUUACUGGGUCGUUAUGAAUAGGAUAAGGUCCUCGAACAAGAGGAGCAUACGAAGGAACUCUUUGGCCAGCAGGUCGCGGUCCUGGUCAGCAUCAGUCCUCUCAGAUUCAGAUGNCAUCUCGGAAUGGAGUUUCGUCGGUUUCGUUAGUUCCUUUGGAGGUUAUUUUGAUGAUUUGAUCGCGCGAGCAAGUUUGUAUUGUGUUUCUGGACCUCGGUGCAUGGUUGGUUUGGAAUCUUGGGGGGCUCUGCCAUCGCAUUUGCUAAAUUUGGGCUGCUGGGCAAGAUUCGCAUUUGUGAAGUGGGGUUGUUCGCUUUUGCGGGGACUCUGCCGCUUUUGCGAGAUGAUGGUCUUCGCAUUUGCGAAGUAUUGGGUCGCAAAUGCGACCUUGACAGGCAAUUCUCUGAUGAUUGGAAUUUUUGGCCGGCUAGGCCGCAUUUGCAAAAUUUGGGCUGCUGGGGAAGAUUCGUAUUUGCGAAGAAACCCUUCGUAUUUGCGAAGUGGGGUUGUUCGCUUUUGCGAGGACCCUGCCAAGAUGGUAUUCGCAUUUGCAAAUUAUUGGGUCGCAAAUGCGACCUUGACAGGCAGUGCUCUGAAUGGACAUGUCCACAUUGGAAGAUUUCUCCAGGCUAGGUCACCUGGAGAUACGAAGAAGGACGUUCCUUUGGGAGCUGACGGAUCGAGUACGAUCCCAAGAUUGGUGAAGCAAUUCCCUGCGUCGAGUGUGGACCUCGAGCGCAAGAGGAUGAUUGUUCUCAUAGUCCCAGAGGAUGCUCGGAUCCUGUAUACUCCAAUAGGUGUUUCCAGCUACCUCCGAUGCCUAGUGAUCGAGGAGGACCAUGCAAAGAUAAACGAGAUGGGCACGUCAAGUCUCUUUAGUGAAGAGCAGCAGGCGCUGAACCGGGCUUUAGUGCUUCAUCAUGAAAGCUUCCGCCAGUACCGCUUGGAAAUCAGCCAGCUCGAGUUCGAGCUCAAACAACAGAAGAUCGACCUAAUCGAUCAGCUCCAAGCUGAGAUAAACGAGGUCAAGGCCAUGGCCGAAGUGUGGAAGUGCAGGAUGGACUUGCUAGCUUCGGAGAAAGAAACUCCUAAGGCGGAGCUGACAUCGGUUGAGAACCAACUCCGGGUGGUGAAGGACAAAGCUGAUAAGUGGUCUUCGCUGAAUGAUGAUCUCCGAGCACAGCUGAGCUCGGCUGUCGCAGAAUGA